AUGGUCUCGCCGCGCACCACGGACGCCACACAGCAGAGCCGACCAAUGGGAAGUCACGACGCCACGAGCGCUAAGCUGCUGCUGUCCUUCCGCACGCUCAAGAACGCACUGCAGUCGACUCGGAUCAACGACGACGAAGAGGCCGUUCUGGUCACGCGCAUGUGCGUCAAUCCGCGGUACGUGGACGAGUUCGAGCGUCUACUGCGUCUGAUUCUCAAGACCACACACACAGCGGGUCACGUCUCGACGUGCGUCGUGCGUCCGCCGCCUGGAGAAUUCACCUACACGUCCAUCGUCAAGUAUUCGAACCUCCACGUGAUGCGACAGACGUAUCCGUCGAGUAUCGAAGACGGCGUGGAGUUUUACAACCUGUUGGCAGCACGUGAUUCGCUGUUGCUCGGGCCGCCCAUGUACCAGCUCGAAGCUGGAAUCUUCGGCACGUGGAUCGAGUCGGACGGCAAUACAAAGCCCAUGUGGGGCGACGACCCUGAAGAAGACGCGAGUUGUCUCGUGCAUCAGCAGCGGGUCCCAGGCCCGUACUGCAAUGAUUCGUGCGAGAACCCGCGCGGACUGAGCGUCCGAGCGUCUUUUGUCGCACCUACCAAGACUUUCCAGCUCUUUCGACAGCGCUAUCAGCGCAACAAUAAGAAAGGAGGACAGAAGAACUUGCGCUGCUUCCCGUGCUGUCGGAACGGACGUCAUGUGAGCUCAGGUUUUUGUGGCGAUUCGAUCAAAGUGCACGUCGCAGUCACGCGCGUGACUGAAUCAGGAGGUGUCAAGAUAUGCCCCAUCCAUACGACUCGCCCAGGCGUGCUGGCGUUUGCGCGUUUUCUCAACCUGGAUGGUGCUUUCGAUCCGACAGUGUCUGGACCUGAAGUCGUUCCUGGACAGACGAUCGAAAAGACGAAUGUACUGGCGUGGGUGCGAGACAAGCAACAUCCAAUGAGCCCGCUGUUUCCAGGCAUUCUACGUGGUGCCGCCAUGGAGACAUUAUCUCAGUCGGCCAUUUUCGAGUUCAACGCGGAGUGUAAAGCAUGGCAUUACGGUUGGACCGCUCCACGUGGCCAGGGACUAUCAGGAAACGAUACGCGCCACGUGCUGGAAGUGCUCUUUAUGAAACCAAUGGGCUCGUACAUGUACUGUCUCGAGCGUCUGCGCUCCGACGGCUUUUCCAUCUACUCUAGUCGCAGAGCCAAUCCUGCUGCAAUCAAGCCUGAGGUCGAUGCUUUCGACAAGCAAGAACUCGGUGACAAGAGGAACCACAAGCGAAAGCGUAUGGCUCACGCGGAAAACGCAGACUUGACUCCUCUGGGUGUACCGGUGAUGCCCCAGUCUCCAGCCUCUCCAGUGUCGACGAUUGCGUUGAGCUGCCCAAUAAGCUCCCCUAUCUUUUCUCCCGCCAAAGAAAACAUGAAGAAUGGACGUCGCCAAAGUGUGACACCUGCGAUGCGGAUAAACACCGUCCCGACAUUGUCCACUGGCUUUGUCGAGUAUCCGUCAUCGAUGCCAGAUGUAUUGCCGUUCAAGAUGGAGAGUAUGGUUGGGUCUGUAUCAUCCUCACCCAUGGCUGUCUGUCCUCCACCAUCGUCCGUCCCAGUGGAUAGCGUGUCGGCAAGUUUCGACUACCAAGGUCUGCAGAACCUGACGUGCAGCAACGGAUUGCCACCGAAUGAGAGCGCGCAGCAACAACUUCAGCAACAGCUUGGUCGCCAACAACGUCAACUGCUGAUCGACCAGCAGCACCAACAACUUUGCAGACACCGACGCGAACAGGAAGAGUUGCUGCAGCACAAGCAGCGACUCAUCCAGCAGCUUGCGGAGCAAAUGAUGAUCAGCCAACAACACGAGCAGCAGCUGCAUGUGAAUGACCCGCAAGGGUCGGAAGAGCUCCAGAACCACUCGUUGUUCCAAGAAGAGCAACCCGCUCGUCGGGUCGUGUCGACGGACGAGCUGCCCUGGACGGAGCUGUACAGCUUGUUCGACCCGUCCCCGCUUUCUCCAACCACUACGGACGAUGACCCUGACAACGACGAGGAGAGUCUGUCGAGCUCUAGCAGCAGUCCAGCGCCUUUUUCGACUGCCAACGUGAGCAUGGAGUUCUCUGUGCCGUCUGUGCCGUCUGUGCCGCAGACUGUGUUGAACGACUUAUCUUGA